GAAGGUAAAUAAUCUCUCCUUCAACACAACAACCCAAGAGGGAAAAAAAAAAUGGGAAAAUUCAUAUGCUCUCUGCUCCUCUUAGCCGGAAUGGGCUGUGUUCUAAUGGCACAGACCAACGCGAUGAGCCACAUCAUCGGAGGAAGCUUCGGCUGGAGAAUUCCCGAUAACACCACCUUCUAUCAAGAAUGGGCUAAACCAAGAACCUUUGGUGUAGGUGACAAACUGGUGUUCUUGUACAGGACGGGUGUCCACAAUGUGCUUGAGGUAGAUGAGAAGGAAUUCAAAGCAUGCACUCAAGACAAGCCCAUUGAUAUGCUAUACAGGGGGCCAACCAUUUUGGAGCUGAACAAGAAAGGGGACUAUUAUUACUACUGUGGCGUUGGGACACAUUGUGAGGCCGGCCAGAAGCUCAGCAUCACUGUUGUCGACGGACCAGGAUCGUCGGGGGCUGUAUUCAACACUGAAACAGCUCCUGCACCUGCCCCUGCCCCCGAAGUACACUCGUCCUCGGCUAAUUCUAUUCACAACUUGGGCUUGGCUUCUGGUUUGGUGUAUUUCUUGGUUUCAAUGUUCAUAUAA